AUGGCGGGGCUCCAGGAGCCGGGCGGCGGCGACGCAUCGGGAGCGGGGGCGGGGGACGAUCCCUGGGUGUGGGAGAAAAAAAAAGCGGCGGGCGUGGCCAAGGCUAAGGCGCCCGCGGGUGACAGGCUGGUUUACUUCGAUCCCCAAAUCAUCUUGCCUCCGGCGGACAAGCGCAGCGCGCCUGGAGGGGAGACGGCGGAGGAGCAAAGGCGGUACAACAACCGCUGGAUGUUUACGCCUGCCACGGUGCUGUCGGCCGUUGACCCCGAGCCAGGAGUGGUGCUCAUCCGAACCAGAGACUCGGCGGUCCACAGGGCGAAUGGAGCGGAGCUGGAGACAGUCAACCCGCAGGCGUUGGAAGGCGUGCCUGACGCCAUGAACGUUUCGAACCUCACGCAGGCCUCGCUGCUGCAUACCGUCCGGGAGCGGUACAACCGUGACGAGGUCUACACCCGUGUGGGGCCGGUUUUGAUGUCGGUGAACCCGUACAAGUGGAUAGUGGGGCUCUACGCCGAGGACGCGAUGCUGAGCUACCACGGAAAGGCUGCCAUGGUUGAGGCGGGAGAGCUCGCCCCGCAUCUGUUCGGCGUGGCCGAUCACGCCUACUCGGAGCUGGUGAAGGGGCACUUGGAAGCCGAGUCCGAGACUAAGGAGGACGUGCGCGCCAGGAAGGCUAGGGCCUCAAACCAGUCCAUCAUCAUCAGCGGGGAGAGUGGGUCGGGCAAGACAGAGGCGACGAAGAUCAUCAUGCAGUACCUAGCCAGGAUCACGUCGGGUGAAGCGGUGGGGGCGUCCGGUGCCGGCGAGGCAUCUGAUGCGUGCAGAGACUCUCGAGCAGCCAGCGAGGCCAUCAUGCUGCACGUGGGGGACUUGGAGAGCAGGGUGCUGAGCUGCAACCCCCUCUUGGAGAGCUUCGGCAACGCCGUGACCCUCAAGAACGAUAACUCGUCGCGCUUCGGGAAGUUCAUCAAGAUCCAGUUCGACAAGAAGGGGAGGAUAAGGGGGGCACAGAUCCAAAACUAUCUCUUGGAAAAGACGAGGAUCGUGGCCCAGGCAAAAAGAGAGCGGAGCUACCACAUCUUCUACCAGCUGCUGGCGGGGUCGUCCGGUGCCCUUAAGAAGGAGCUCAAGCUGGACAACGGAGUGGCCGGCUUCCAGUGCCUCAAGGGAUCCAGCAUCAAAGGGGAGGACGCGCCUGACUUUCACCGCACUACGGAGUGCCUGAAGAAGAUUGGCGUGCAGCCAGUCAGCAUGGACGGGGAGCACGGGCAAGACGCCAUCUUCAGGCUGAUCGCGGCCAUUAUGCACCUCCUCAACGUCGGCUUCGAGUCAGUCCACGUCAACGAGGGCGAGGCUUGUGAGAUCCGGGACAGCACGAGGCCCUCGUUGGCGUUCGCCGCUGAGCUGCUGGGAGUGGAGGCGGAUCGGCUGGAAAAAGCGGCGGUCUCCAAGACCAUGGCGGUGCGCAGCUCGAACACGAUGAUGCUGCAGACGGUGGAGCAGGCCCAUGAUAAGGUGGCCGCCCUGGGCAAGGCUCUCUACAGCCAGCUCUUCCUCUGGCUCGUGGCCAAGCUCAACACCACCAUAUCAGCACCCCAGAGCGACGUGUGGGGCUUCAUCGGCGUGCUGGACAUCUACGGCUUCGAGAAGUUCAACACCAACAGCCUCGAGCAGCUGCUCAUCAACUACGCCAACGAGCACCUCCAGCGCCACUUCAACCAGCAUAUGUUCGAGGUGGAGCAAGUCGACUACGACAACGAGCAGAUCGACUGGAGCUACAUCACCUUCAACGACAACAAGGCGUGUCUGGAGCUUAUCGACGGCAAGGGCGGCCUCUUCUCCUGCCUAGACGACAUACAGAGGUUUGAAGGGAAAGAGGCCAACCUCAAGUUCCUCAGCAGCUUCAAGCAGAAACACGGCCCUCCCGCUGGCGGCGGCGGCGGCGGCGGCGGCGCAAACCUGAGGGGAAAUAUGGCCAAGUCCGGGUCUACGUACGGCUCCAUUUCCUCUCCAGUCACGAGGCGGAACUCUGUCGGCCACCCGCACUUCGUGUCGCCGCGGUUCGACCCCGACAUCUCCUUCGGAAUAAAGCACUACGCCGGCGACGUGUUCUACAACGUGGCCAAGUUCAACCAAAAGAACAGGGAGAACCUCACGGCGGACAUGAAGGAGCUCAUGGCGUCCUCCACCAGUGCUCUCGUCGUCGAUGUAUUCAAAGCCGGCGAGCAAGAUGGUCAGAACGACGACGACGACGACGAAGACGCCUUCGAAGCGCCCACACGCGGUCGGGGCGGGGCCGGCGGACGCACCAUCCGCUCCAAGAGCAUCGGCAUCCAGUUCAAGGAGAGCCUCGCCGAGCUCAUGGCCACCAUCGCCAUCACUCACCCCAGGUACAUCCGAUGCGUCAAGCCCAACCCGGACAAGCAAAGCGGUAGGUUCGACGGCGAGGACGUUCUGCUUCAGCUGCAAUACUCGGGGACCAUGGAGACCAUCCGCAUCCGCCAGCAGGGCUACGCCCUUCGCGAGCUGAAGGACGACUUCCUCAAGAAGUACAAGGUGCUGCAGCCCGACGCCGAGGACCUGGAGGCCCUCGUGGCCUACCUGAGCAGCAUGCUGGGCGCUUCCCACCGCGACUGGCAGAUCGGGACGUCCAAGGUUUUCCUCCGCACGUCCAUGUCGGACAAGCUCAACCUCAUGGUGGACCUUCGGAAGAAGUGCGCCACCCGCGUCAUCCAGCGCUGGGUGGUCAACACCAGGCGAAGGAGUGUUGUGCGUACCACGCUGCAGCCGUUCUUGAAGUCGUCGGUGAAGCUGAUGAAGUACCUUCGAGCCGCGGCUUACUUCCGGAACCUGCUCGAAGAGAGGCGGGCGGCGACUUCGAUGGCGCGGUGGUACCGUCUGUCCAGGGACCGUAAGCGGUUCGUGUCCAUGAGGGAUGCCGAGAAGGUGGUCAAGUCCGCGAUGAGAGUGAGGUACUUCGUGACCCAGCUGGCCGUGAGAAAGGAGUUCGCCGGCAGUUCAGUGAGCGAGAUCGAAGCGGCUAUCGAGACCCUCGUGGAGAAGGAGAAGGCGCUCAGAGACAAAAAGGAUUUCUUGGCCUGCCUACCCGUAGCGUCCCGGCUGCACCACCUGAGGAUCGUGGCCACCUCCAUGAAGGAGCGCGACGAGAGGCGCAAGGAGCUAGCUGCCGGCGGUAACGGGGGCGGUGCGAUCGGGGCAGACGGCGGCCCCGCUCGGCAAGAGGUGGAGGUGCGUCUGAUGGAGGCCGGGUGGAGGAUGGCCGACGCAGAGGCGGAACAGAACUACGCGGUGUGCACGCGGCUGCAGAGGGAGAUCAAGAACCUCGAGGCGCAGCGUGAGCAGAAUCCCACGCUGGCGGAGCUGAAAGAGAAGGAGGAGAAGACCAAAGCCGAGAUCGACGAGGCGGCCGCCAACACCGACUACGCGAAGGCGGGGCAGUUGCAGACGGAGCUGGUGUCGAUGGAGGAGAAGAUCAAGGUGAUCGAAGAGGUAGUGGAGGCCGAAAAGGCCCGGAGCGCCUUGAAGGACUUGUCGCAGAAGGAGCUCGAGGACAAGAUUCACACCACCACCGACGAACUCGAAGCCGCCAAGGCCGCGAAGGACUUCGCCAAGUGCAUCGACCUGCAGGCACGGCUGUCCGAGAUGCAAGCCGCCGCGGAAGCCUUGCCGACGAUGGAGCAGGUGGAGAGGGAGGUCAUAUCGGCGGAGGCGGAGAUGGCGGCGGCGAAGGCCAGGAAGGAUUACCGCCGGGCCGCGGAACUUUCCUUCAAGCUUCCGGCGAUUCUGGACCGGCACAGCGCCGUGGCGUCCGCGAUCCGGAAGGCGAUGAACCGGAAGCAGCUUGCCGAGGAAGUCCAGCGUCUGGAGGGGGAGAUGCGCUUGGCGAAGGCUGAGAAGAGGUUCUCUCAGUGCUCUUUGCUGCAGAGGAGCCUGACCGAGAUGCAGAUCUUAACCGACGGGCUUCCUAGCGUUCGCGAGAUCGAGGAGGAAAUCAGCGAUGUCCGUGUCAAGAUGGACACUGCCGUGUCCGAGAAGAACUACGCCGACGCCGAGAAGUUCCGGGUAAGGCUUACCGAGCUCGCGGAGGAGAAGGCUCUAGCAUCCGAGAAGGAGCAGCACUCCAAUUCCAGCCCUCAAGACCCAGUGGCCAAGGCGAGGGCGCGGCUGUCUGCGUCGUCAAGGGACCUAAACUUCAACUCCGAACGGGCGGGGCUGGGGGCAUCGGCGGCAGGGGGGACUGUGAUUGACUCUCGAAGCUCGGGAAGUCUUUCUCCUCCCACACCCGCCCCACCGGCCGACCCGAGUUCGGGAGAAAGGAGCUUCACUUCGCCAAAGGCCGUGAAGGUGAAGCAAGCUCCCGCCAUCCUGUCGCCCGCGAGGGCCACCCCCGUCGCCGCUCGCGUGGCUACCGCCAGGCAGGCUCCGGCAUCGGUCACGAAAACAGGAGAUGACGUCACCGUGUCCAAGCUCAGGCCCAAGCCGGCCGUUACCGUACCGGAAGGCAUGUCCGUGACGGAGGUGUGCAAGGUCAUGGCGAACGCGAGGAACGACGCAGCCCUCCUCACCGGGGCCGGCGGUGGCAUGACCGGCAUCAUUACGGCCAUCGACUGCAUUCGGCGGGUGGUUGCGGUUAGCGUGGACCCCAACUCGACCGCCGCGAGCGAGGUGAUGACUCCCAACCCUACGACGGUACUAUCCGAAGACAGUGCCAUGGAAGCGCUGAGCAUCAUGCUGGGGAGACACUUCAGACACCUUCCGGUGCGGACCCCCCGGGGCGACGUUACCGGCAUCCUGGACAUCGCCAAGUGCCUGUACGACGCUGUGUCUCGCCUGCAGCGCACCGCGAAGCGGAAGUCCGUGGACAGCGGCGAGGCCGACGAGGCGGAGAUGUCGAUGCUGGCCGAGCUCGGGAAGGGGAAGGGCAAGAAGAGCAAGGCCGCCAUGCAGGCGUUGUUGGCGAAGAUGUUCGCGGACGACCCCGAAGGGGGGACGGGGGUCUCCCUCUCCCUAGCGGAGUUGCUCAAGCUCAAGGGGGAGCCGCAGCUGGUGUUCGCCGAUGACAGCGCGAGGGGUGCCGGCAAGGCCAUCGCGCGGGGCCGCAAGGCGGUGCUGGUGGUUGACAACGGUGGCCUCGCGGGCAUCUUUACGGAAAAAGACAUGCUGAACCGCGUGCUGUCGAAGGGGAUUAAUCCCGAUGAGGUUUCGGUUGAAGAUGUCAUGACGCCCAACCCUGACACGGUUUCGUCGACCAUGACCGUCCUAGAGGCCUUGCAAGAGAUGCACGAGAACAAGUACCUGCACCUGCCGGUGGUGGAUGAGGACAGCGGUAACGUGCUGGGGGUGGUGAGCGUCAUGGAGAUCAUUCAGGCCACGGCGGGCGAGGAGGGAAGCACGGGAUGGCAAGCGUUGUUCGGGUCGGGGCUGGACGCGACAGGGGACGGUUUCUCCGACACGUCUUCCCAAGCGAGCAUGGGCAGCAUCGGCACUCGAGCAUCGGCUAGGGUGGGAGUGGGCAGGGGCAAGACCAGCCCCCGCGUGGCGAUGACCCCGUCCGCAGCGUCCUCCGUGAGAGGCAAGGAGCCGCCCAAGAAGACCGAUAGUCGACCGGUGUCGAUGCUCAAGCCUAAGCCACCGCUGUGCCUGCCGAGCACCGUAAGCGUGUUGGAGGUGGCCAAGAAGAUGGCUGACGUCCGCACCGAUGCUGCGAUACUCCUGGACAACAAGGGCCAUCUGGAGGGCAUCAUCAGCGAUCAAGACGUUGCGAGGCGGGUGGUAGCGAACAGACUGGACCCGUCUUCGACAACGGUGAGCGAGGUGAUGACGCCCCACCCGACCAUCGUCCACAUGGCGGACAGCGCCAUGGAAUGCCUGGGCAUCAUGAUCGAGAAGCGAUUCAGACAUCUGCCGGUGAUCGAUGGCGAGGGAAACGUGACUGGUCUUCUCAGCAUCGCCAAGUGCCUGUACGACGCCAUCCAAAGGCUCAAGAAGAAGGCUGCAAGGGCCGAGAACAGCGGCGGUGGCGGUGGCGGCGGCAACGCCAACCUAGCCGCGUCGGUUCUCCAGAUGGCCAACGCCGGGAAGGGCAAGGGCAAGAACAAGACGAGGGACCUCCAGGCCGCCCUGGCGAUGCUGCUGGCCAACUCCUCAGACGAGGCCGAAGCGAACCAUUCCCUCAGAGAAAUACUGUCGGAGCAAACGACAUCUUUCGUGGACGGGCGAGACUCAAUCACGGCUGCCGCUGCCGCCAUCGCCAAGGGCAGAAAGGCGGUGCUGGUUCUCGACCAGGGGCGACUCGCGGGAAUAUUGACCCCGAAGGACGUGCUGAUGAGGGUUGUGGCCAAGGAGCUCGACCCAGACCGUACCCCUGUGUCCUCCAUCAUGACCCCGAACCCAGACACGGUGCCCCCGGAGAUGACGGCCGUCGAGGCUCUCGGAGAGAUGCACGAGAACAAAUACCUGCACCUACCGGUGGUCGACCUCGAUGUGGGUACCGUGGUGGGGGUGGUGAACGUGAUGGAGAUUCUGCGGGCCACCGCUGGGGACAAGGGCAGUUCGAGCUGGGAGGCCUUGUUCGGGUCUGCCAUGGACGCCGGCGAUGACGUGUCCGACUCAGCCUCCAUGUACAGCAUGGACAGGAGCGUCAUGUCCGCCAGGCAGAGAGGAGGUCCUGGACUUCCGAGGGCAGCAGCGGCGGGGUCGGUGGCUGCGGCAGAGUCUGUCAAGCACGAAGACCACCACCGGCCUGUGUCGAGCCUCAAGCCUAAGCCCCCUCUGUGCCUCUCAGUCGACCUCACCGUCGCCCAGGUGGCCAAGAGGAUGGCAGAGAUCCGAACAGACGCAGCCAUCCUUCUCGGGCAAAUGGGGGACAUGAAGGGCGUGCUCACCGACCACGACAUCGCCAGGAAAGUAGUUGGCCGGUCGCUGGACCCUAGCCGCACCCCGGUGUCUUCGGUCAUGACGCCCGACCCCAUCUGGGUGACCACUACGGACAACGCCAUGGACGCCUUGGAGACGAUGCUCGAGACUCACUCCAGACACCUGCCGGUGGUCAGCGAGGAGGGUGCUGUGUCCGGCAUGCUCAACAUCGCCAAGUGCCUCUACGACGCCAUCCGCAGGCUGGAGAAGAGGGCCCUCAGGGCCGAGGAGGAAGGGGGAGGAGGCUUGUCGGGGGAGAAGCAGGAACUCGCCGCCUCGCUGAUCAAGAUGCACAGCAUGAAGGCAGGCAAGAAGAAUGGCAAGAACACUCUGGCGGCAAUGACAAUGCUGCUGCAGGGGCUAUCUGACGGAGAAGAGGACCCCACGCUGGAAGACAUCCUGUCGGAGCAAACGGGAGAGUUUGCAGAGGAGGGGGACAGCGUGGCUGCCUGCGGGAAGGCCAUCUCCAGGAGCAAGAAGGCGGUGCUGGUGUUGCGCAACGGCCGACUUGCGGGCAUCGUCACACCCAAGGACUUGCUCAUGCGGGUGGUGGCCAAGGGCCUAGACCCCGACGCUACUCCGGUGUCUGCCGUGAUGACCCCUAACCCAGAUGCGGUCCCGCCAGCGAUGACGGUCAUCGAGGCUCUCAGAGAGAUGCACGAGAACAAAUACCUGCACCUACCGGUGGUGGACGAAGACAGCGGUAACGUGCUGGGGGUGGUGAGCGUGAUGGAGAUCAUCCACGCCACUGCCGGCGACAAGGGGAGCGACAGGUGGGAGGCAUUUUUCGGGGACGCGAUGGACGCCGCCGACGACGUGUCCGACUCGGCCUCCAUGUUCAGCGCGGAAGAGAAGAUGAGCAUGAGGUCCGCCAAGCCUGGUGCCAAGACGGGGGCGCCCGCACCCCCGAGAAGCAACAAGAAGGUGUCGUGCUUGAAGCCGAAACGACCAGUCAUCAUGUCUUCCGAUGGGUCUGUCCUGGAAGUGGCUACGGAGAUGUCCCUCAAGAGAACAGACGCCGCACUGCUCACCAAGCGCGGCCGUGUCGUUGGCAUCGUCACAGAUCACGACUUGACAAGGCGCGUGAUCGCGUUGGACAUGCCCCCGGACCGAACGCCUGUGCGAGACAUCAUGACGGCUGAACCCGCCAUGGUCUCGAUGGACGAGAGCGCCAUGGAGGCCCUGGGGCUCAUGAUCCAGAACAAGACCAGACACCUGCCGGUGAUGGACGCACAAGGAAAGAUCGGCGGUCUUCUGGACAUCGCCAAGUGCCUGUACGACGCCGUUAGUCGGCUCGAACAUGCCGCCAAGAAGAAGGCGUUGGAGGAGGGUGACGGGGACGGCGAGGUUGGCAGCGGCAGCACUGUCAUGAUCGGGGCGGUGAUGGAGGCGGCGAAGGCCAUGAAGGGGAAGGCCUCCCCGAAAAACCAGCAAGCGCUGCAGGAGCUGAUGAUGCUCGCGAUGACGGGGUCAGAGACGGAGAGGGAGGGCACCAACCAGACCUUGGCGGAUGUGCUCGCCAGCAAGGACAAGCCCGAGUUCGUUAGGCCCAGGCACACGGUGCGGGAGGCUGCUUCGGUCAUCGCGUCGCAAAAGAAGGCCGUGCUGGUCGUGGAGGAAGGGGAGCUGGCGGGUAUCUUCACCCCCAAGGACAUGAUGAACAGGGUCAUCACCAAGAAACUCAACCCGGGCACGACGGCAGUGUUUUCGGUCAUGACCCCUAACCCUGAUGGGGCAGACCCGUCCAUGACCGUCGUUGAGGCCUUGCAACAGAUGUGCGAGAACCGUUACCUGCACCUGCCUGUGGUGGACGAGCGCUCGGGUGCUGUACUCGGCGUCGUUGACGUGAUGGAAAUCGUCCAGGCCACCGUGGGGCAGGAGGGGAGCUCAGGGUGGGAGGCGUUCUUCGGGUCAGCGAUGGACGCCGCGGACGACAUGUCCGACACCAUGUCCGAAACAUCCCUCAUCUCCAAGAGAUCCAUGCACUCCACCAUGCGACGCGCGCCUGGCACCCCCCGCGGGCCUGGCAUGGGGGGGGCUCCCCCUUCCACCAGCGGGAAGCGGCCCGGCAGCAUGCGGGGGGGGGGCAGCGCUCGGGGCGGCGGGGAGGAUGCCAUGUCGGACGCCUCGAGGGACAUGGGAGGCUUGCUUGAGGGCUGGGACGAGAAGUUCGUGUACAAGGUGAAUGACGACGAGGGGAACCUGUACAAGUUCAAGGCCUCCGCGGAGCGCCUGGACAGGGUCCUGCAGGCCGUCUCCGAGAAGCUCAAGAUGCCCAAGGAUGCCAUCCUUCUCAAGUACCAGGACGAUGACGGGGAUGACAUCGUGCUCAGCGGGGACGACAGCCUCCUGGAGGCCGUGGACAUGGCGCGGGCGUCGAGCAAGCCGGCACUGGUGCUGGUUGCCACCCUUAAGCUGCACACGCUGGAUGAACACGACGAUGAGCAUGCGGAAGAGUCGGCAGCAGCAGCCAUGAGCAGGGCGCUGGGGGCACACUCGAGCACCACCGCGAUAGGAAUUGCGGCUGUGGCGGUGGUCUCUGUCGUUGCGAUCUUCAUGAGCAGAGGGAGGAAGUAACUGGCUCUUUUUUUGUCUGUUUUUGUGCUGUCUGGAUCGUGGAUCUUGUGCUUUUUAUUUUAUACCUCGUCCUAGGUCGCCGGCUGUUUGUGUUGCCGAUUUAUCACAGGGCAUUUUCUCGUCAUUUCUUUGUGUUUUGAUUCGAUCGGUUGGUGUUGUUUUGAAGAACGGGCGAAUCCUUUGCUGGUCGUCAGUACAUACCUUUUCGCUGGCAAUUUUCAUGGAGUUGCUCAAAGCCCGAAGGCAACAUCGUAACCACGAGUUGAUGUCGUUCUUUAGCUAAAGGCUCCAUCCAGACGUGGAUAACGUUGCGAUAGCUCGGCGUUAUUUACGCCGGUAGACGUAUUUGCUAGACUUGCCGAAGCACAGCGGUACUCUUGAGUCCGUAGCAGCAGCUGAUGCCUUCCAUGCUAGUAGGCGGCAUCAGCUGAAGGACGAGUGCCUGCCGGGCGUUCGAAAGGUCAAGUUUUCAUGUUUUCACGAACAAAUCCAGCCAAUCCUGGGGUAGCUCUGUCUUUGCAUUGGUAGUCAUCCUGCCGAGCGGGUAGACCUGAGAGGGUGCGUACCCCUCACGGUUUGUUGCUUCAUUUGUUUCUUAAGUUUCUUGAUUUUCCCUAUUUUGGUAGAUACACACGGGGUUGUUGAUUCGAAUGGAGGCUACGGCUACGCACGGAAACAACGCAGGUGUAGCGCCACCAGUUUUGAUAUUGUUUUUUGCACUAAGCUCGUCUUUUCUUUUCCGUUGGCUUCAAACAGCCGCAUUUUGGUUAUAAUAAGUUUUUUUUUUGCGGGGAGUUGGGGGUAGGUCGUAGAGACGUGUCCCAAGUUCUCUUGUCUUGGCAAUACUUGAGCGUUUCUUCGCACCCGACCUUGCAGUACCACUGCAAGUACAUGCGUGUGCAUGCGUGCAGCUCUCUGGCUUCACUGCUGGUGUGACUCUGUCAAGUGUUUUCUACC